CCUCCAAAGUCUGGCAACCACCAUUGACUCCGACUAUUGAUUGAAACAAAAAUUUACGCAAAUACAACAAUUUUUUUGUUCCAAUGCAAAGUAAACCAUAAAAAUCCAUUGUGAAAAUUUGAGGGGUGGUGGGAGCCAAAACGGAUACUCAAUAGGCCUGUCGUAGUAAAGAGAGCGGACCAAAGAGAGAGAGUACGAGCCAGCGCACUAACGGCACCCACACAGCCACACACCUCCCUCUUUUGCGGGGGAGUCUCAAUACACACGCAAGGCAAGGAUAAGAGCAGAAAGGCAGAGCCAGAGGAGGAGCAGGAGGCAGGUGGCAGGAAGCAGGCAAGGAGCUUUCGAAACUAGGAAACUAGGAUAAAAAUGAAUCCGGCGGUGGAUGCAUGGGCGGUGACCCAACGGGAGCGGUUGAAGUACCAGGAGCAGUUCAAGGCACUCCAACCGCAGGCUGGAUUCGUAACCGGUGCCCAGGCCAAGGGAUUCUUUCUGCAGUCCCAGUUACCGCCACUCAUCCUGGGCCAGAUAUGGGCCCUGGCGGACACCGAUUCCGACGGCAAGAUGAACAUCAACGAGUUCAGUAUAGCCUGCAAGCUGAUCAAUCUCAAGUUGCGCGGCAUGGAGGUGCCCAAGGUGUUGCCGCCUAGCUUGCUAGCCUCCCUAACCGCCGAGGGCGGCCAGAAAACGCCAUCGAUGACGCCACGUGGCUCCACCAGCUCCAUGAGCCCCCUAGAUCCGCUCAAGAGCAUUGUACCACCGUCCGCCGUUCCAGUGGUUCAACCAGCUCCCGUAGUACCCGUUCCAGCGGCUGUCAUCUCACCGCCAGGCGGCGUUGUGGACAUUACCAAAAUUCCGGCCGGACCCACGCCACCAUCCAGCAAUCCACCAAGUCGCCACAUGUCCAUUUCGGAGCGGGCGCCAUCCAUCGAUUCACUGCAAGGCGAGUGGGCCGUUCAAGCCGCCCAGAAGCGCAAAUAUACUCAGGUGUUCAACGCCAACGAUCGGACCCGGUCGGGCUUCCUGACCGGCGCCCAGGCACGCAGCGUUCUGGUCCAGAGCAAGCUGCCGCAAGUAACGUUGGCCCAGAUAUGGACGCUCUCCGACAUCGACGGCGAUGGCCGGCUCAGCUGCGACGAGUUCAUCCUGGCCAUGUUCCUCUGCGAAAAGGCCAUGGGCGGGGAGAAGAUCCCUGUCACUCUGCCACCGGACUGGGUGCCGCCCAACUUGCGAAAAAUCAAGUCGCGGCCGGGCUCAGUCUCCGGAGCUGGUGUAGUGUCACGUCCCGGUUCGCAGCCAGCCUCACGGCACGCAUCCGUAUCCUCGCAGAGCGGAGUAGGAGCCGUAGAUGCUGAUCCGUUAGCCGGUUUGCCACAAACUUCCUUUGAGGACAAGAGAAAGGAGAACUAUGUAAAGGGUCAGGCGGAGCUGGAUCGCAGGCGCAAGAUCAUGGAGGACCAACAGCGCAAGGAGCGGGAGGAGCGUGAGCGCAAGGAACGCGAGGAGGCGGAAAAGCGCGAGAAGGCUCGCCUGGAGGCCGAGCGCAAGCAGCAGGAGGAACUGGAGCGUCAGUUGCAGAGGCAGCGGGAAAUCGAAAUGGAGAAGGAGGAGCAGCGCAAGCGAGAAUUGGAAGCCAAGGAGGCGGCCAGAAAGGAAUUGGAAAAGCAGCGCCAGCAGGAGUGGGAGCAGGCCAGGAUUGCUGAAAUGAAUGCCCAGAAGGAGAGGGAACAGGAGCGUGUUCUCAAGCAGAAGGCCCACAACACCCAACUGAAUGUGGAGCUGAGCACCCUAAACGAAAAGAUCAAGGACUUGUCACAAAAAAUAUGCGAAACCCGGGCUGGUGUCACCAACGUAAAGACCGUGAUCGAUGGAAUGCGCACCCAGCGUGAUACUUCCAUGAGUGAAAUGGCACAGCUGAAGGCGCGCAUCAAGGAGCAGAAUGCCAAGCUGCUGCAGCUCACCCAGGAACGAGCCAAGUGGGAGGCCAAGAGCAAGGCCAGUGGUGCCGCACUGAGCGGAGAGAAUGCCCAGGAGGAGCAACUGAAUGCAGCCUUUGCCCACAAACAGCUUUUGAUCAAGCAAAUCCAAGACAAGGUGGAAAACAUUAAGAAGGAGAUCGAAUCCAAGCAGGAGGACAUCACCUCCAACGACGCUCAAAUGGCGGAAGUGAAAAACGAGCUCUCCACCCUGCUGGCCAAGUGCGAGGAACUAUACAAGGAGUACGAUGUGGAGCGCACUUCAGUGCUGGAAUUGAAGUACAACCGCAAGAACGAGACGGCGGCGACCAUGAGCUCGGCCUGGGACACGGGCAGCUCCAGUGCUUGGGGAGACACUGGCACCACAGCCGCCCCUGCCGAUCCCUAUGCCGGGUUAACCAAUGACAUUGCCGCCGAAGUCGCACCCGCCGUGGAUCUCAGUGGACCGGCGCCCGAAGGAUUCGCCAAAUACCGAGCUGUAUACGAGUUCUAUGCCCGUAACGCCGAGGAGAUCACUUUCGUGCCGGGCGACAUUAUUUUAGUGCCAUUGGAGCAGAAUGCCGAGCCCGGAUGGUUGGCCGGUGAGAUCAAUGGCCACACUGGCUGGUUCCCUGAGUCCUACGUUGAGAAAAUUGAAGAUGGCGAAGCUCCUCCUGCCGCAUCCACUGAACCAGAAGCCGUAGCCGAAGUUGCUGCUGUGGCGGACACCUUUAAUGACAAUAUUAGCGCCGCUCCAACUGACUUGAGCGCCGCCGGUGACGUUGAAUACUAUAUAGCCGCAUAUCCUUAUGAGUCCGCCGAGGAGGGCGACCUGAGCUUCAGUGCCGGCGAGAUGGUCAUGGUCAUUAAGAAGGAGGGCGAGUGGUGGACGGGCACCAUUGGCACCCGCACCGGCAUGUUCCCCUCCAACUAUGUCCAGAAGGCAGAUGUGGGCACUUCCAACUCGACGGCUCCGGCGGCCACGACUGAUGCUUUGGAGCAGGAGGCGACGCUGAAUGGCAAUGCUGCCUACGCGGCUGCUCCCGCAGCGGAGGAGCCGCAGUUCCCGGAGCUGCAGCAAGAGCAGCAGCCCGUCCAGCAGCAGCUGAGCGAACAGACACCGGCGGAGGAGCCGCACGAAGACCUCGACACUGAAGUCUCCCAGAUUAAUACACAGUCCAAGACACAAAGCAGCGAGCCGGCCGAGAGCUACAGCCGACCCAUGUCACGCACCUCUUCCAUGACACCCGGUAUGCGGGCUAAGCGAUCGGAGAUCGCCCAAGUUAUUGCUCCCUACGAGGCCACCAGUACCGAGCAGCUGUCCCUGACGCGCGGCCAGCUAAUCAUGAUCCGCAAGAAGACGGAUUCUGGCUGGUGGGAGGGUGAGCUGCAGGCCAAGGGCCGACGACGUCAGAUCGGCUGGUUCCCGGCCACCUAUGUGAAGGUUCUCCAGGGCGGACGGAAUAGCGGACGUAAUACUCCAGUUUCGGGAAGCCGCAUCGAGAUGACUGAGCAGAUCCUGGACAAGGUCAUUGCUCUGUAUCCGUACAAAGCACAAAACGACGAUGAGCUCUCAUUCGAAAAGGACGACAUCAUCAGCGUACUGGGCCGGGAUGAGCCAGAGUGGUGGCGCGGUGAGCUGAACGGCCUAUCCGGCCUGUUCCCCAGCAACUAUGUGGGUCCCUUUGUGACGUCCGGCAACGUAUAACGAGCCAUCGGCUUUGGCCUCUAAGCGGCACCAGGCACUCCACUCGCUUACACACAAAUCCACACGAUCCCAUCGGGAUCUGAGUUAUCUUAAGAUCAGCAACAGCAACAGAAGCAGCAGCAGCAUCAUCAUCAUAAUCAGGUCAUCCAUCUAGUUGGACCAUUCUACGAGAGUCUGCCAUAUGAAAGUUUUUCACGAGAGGGAAGUUUUCUUGAAAUUUGGGGUCGCGUAGAUAGAUCCAUAGAAUCAAACAUUGUUCUCAUGUUCGUAACCAAUCAAACGAAAGAUACAACCGAAAUCUAGUAAGACACACAUUUUAAAGGAUUUAUAUAGUAAUCUGCAUAUGAAAAUCACAGCAUAAAUAAGUAUAUCAAAUUGCUAUUUCGUUGUAUUAGAUGUGUUUAUCGAUCGAAAGAAAAAA